AUGAAGAGCCCAGACUAUGUAGCUGGUUACAUAUACCUCUAUACGGCAGGCCUACAACAAUUGAGGGACUUUCCACAGCCAUUUUGGCUGGCGCUUUUUGUAGAGGGAACUCGCUUUACGCAAGCAAAGCUUGUAGCAGCUCAAGAAUAUGCGACCUCACAAGGAUUGUCUAGACUUAGAAACAUUUUGAUUCCUCGUACUAAAGGUUUUGUUUCAGCUGUAAGUCACAUGCGUUCAUUUGUCCCAGCCAUUUAUGAUGUGACAGUGGCUAUUCCAAAAAGCUCACCUUCACCUACAAUGCUUAGACUUUUCAAGGGGGAAUCUUCCGUGGUGCACGUACACAUAAAACGACACCUCAUGAAGGAACUGCCUGAAACGGAUGAGGCUAUUGCACAAUGGUGUAAAGAUCUGUUUGUGGAGAAGGACAAGUUGUUGGACAAGCACAUUGCUGAUGAUACUUUCAGUGACCAACCAUUGCAGGAUAUUGGUCGGCCAAUUAAGUCUCUUCUAGUUGUAUCCUCUUGGGCAUGUAUCAUGGCUUUCGGGGCUCUCAGAUUCCUCCGAUUGUCAUCACUUUUCUCCUCAUGGAAGGGCAUUGCAUUGUCGGCAAUUGGCUUGGCCGUUAUUACUGUUCUCAUGCAAAUCAUGAUUCGCUUCUCUCAGUCAGAGCGUUCAACCACUGCCAGGGCUGCAGCAGGAAAGCUCAAGGAGGGGGAGAGUUCAGUGGCAAGACGGGAGAAACAGCAGUAGAUCGAGCUCCCUCCUCCAUAUGGGCAGGAACUUAUGUAUCAC